AUGCGGGGCGGGUGGAUGCGAGACCAAUUCGGCUUGCGUUCCGAUUCUCCGAGAUUCUUCGCGUCGCCGAGGCCGAAGCAGCUUUUGGCGACGCUCAGUAACAAGGCGAUCAAGUUUGUGCGUCGGAAGAGGCACGGCGAGGGAAACAGGAUAGAUGCAGAGGCGGAGGAGAUCGGUGACGGUGGCGUAUGGCAAAGGGCGAUCCUGAUGGGCGACAAAUGUCAGCCGUUGGAUUUUUCAGGUGUGAUUUAUUACGAUAGCAAAGGAAACCAAGUGGAAGAGCCUUCCCCACGUGACAGCCCCAUGCCUGCUUACCUCAGCUCAAAGAAUGGUUUGAUUAGGUAAACAGCUCAAAGGUUGUUUAACACAUAGAUGUUUUCGUUUACGGCGUUUCCUUUUUUGUGUUAAAUCUCUAAGGUGCUACAUGCUGUGUUCCUAUAGGUGGGUGUUUGCUUAUGCU